AUGGCACCACCGGUUGGUAACAAUUAUCUCAACGUGUAUCUGCUCACAAGGCUUAACCAAACAUGUUAUAUAGCGACAAGGAUACAAUUUAACAAGAAUCUCACUGAUCAUUCUAAGGUGGAGGAGGCUUAUGCUGAAGGUAAGAAGCAGCUGGAGGUUGUAGAGAGGGUGGUGAAGGUUUACUUGGCAUAUCCUCCCAAGACCAAGAACAUCAUGGAACUCAAGCUUCAGUAG